GCGGGGUUGGUGUUGGCGGAUUCAAUGGGGGCGGUGUCAGCAGCAGAUGCGGAGUCGUCCCGGCAGCGAUUUGUGGACUUCCUGCAGAGGCACAAGGCGUACGAGCUGCUGCCGGAGUCAGGCAAGGUGGUGGCACUGGAUGUGGCUCUGCCAGUGAAGCAGGCCUUCCACGCCCUCUACGAACAGGGCGUGCCAGCAGCGCCGCUGUGGGAUUCAGAGAGGCAGGAGUUCGUGGGCAUGCUGAGCGCGUCCGACUUCAUCUCCAUCCUCACUCAGCUGCACUGCAACAGCGCGGCGCUGAGCGAGGAGGAGCUGGAGACGCACACCAUUGCGGCGUGGAAGGAGGAGAAGCUCGCCCUCGCCACGCCCCUCGACGCCCCCCACACGCCCGCACGCCGCCCCCUUAUCUAUGUUGGUCCUGACGACACGCUGAGGAAGGUAGCUGAGGUGCUUCUAACGAGGGGUCUCGCCAUGGUCCCUGUGCUCUUCUACCCCGAGGCCCGCACCUCCUCCUCUGCUGCGGCUGCCGCCAAUGCUGCCAAUGCUGCAGCCACAUCUGUAGCAGAGGCGCCGCCACCACCGCAGCUGCUGCACCUGGCGUCGCUGGCAGGCAUCCUCAAAUGCGUGGCCAAGCACUUCCGCCACGUGGCGGGUUCCCUGCCGCUGCUUUCGCAGCCGCUGGGCGCGCUUCCCAUUGGCACGUGGGCGGCUGAGAGCGGGCGCCCCAACACGCGCCCCAUUGUCGUGCUGCAGACGUCUAUGUCACUCUUUGCUGCACUCUCGCUGCUGCUGCAAGCGGGCGUGUCGUCUCUCCCUGUGGUGGACGAGAGUGGGGCUCUCAUCGACAUCUACGCUCGAAGUGACAUCACGACGCUAGCCAAGGACCAUGUGUAUGCGCGGCUCAACAUUGACGAGUUCACUGUGGGCCAGGCCCUGCAGUAUCGGCAGGACGCGGGGGCGGUGGGGGCGGCAGCAGCGGGCGGCACGCGGUGUCACAUGUGCCUGCAGUCAGACAGCCUGCGAGUGGUGGUGGAGCGACUCGCCAUGCCAGGGGUGCGCCGGCUGGUGUGUGUGGAGGCUGGCAGCAGGAGAAUCCAAGGAAUCGUCUCCCUCAGCGACCUCUUCCACUUCCUCCUCUCUUGACCCUCUCCUCACUCCACCCUCCCUGCUUCACACACCACGUUCCACCCUCCUCCUUCCAUGCUCGCCGUCCGCCCUCCUCCCACACUUCACACUCCGCACUCCACACCCGCUCCAUUCUCAGCACGCAACCCACCGCACCACCAUCACUGUUGGAGUAGACGCCCACUUCAACAAUCACAACACAAUACACAACCCGCUCCUUCCUGCUCCAACUUCCCUUCGCUCGCACCUACCUACUCCAUGCGCCAGCCACACCCAUCCAUCGCCACACCCAUGCAUCGUCAUCGUCGUGCUUUCCUCCGGCCAUCGCACUGCGUCUGCGCCAUGCCACUACAUCGCACUGCACCUCUCUCCCCGCCAAUCUCCAUCCAAUUCCAGUUGCUCCUGCCAUAGCUCUUCCCCCUCUACCACACUGCUCCUCCUCACCAGUCUCGCCCACCCACCCAGUCCCUCGUUGCACUCUUUUGUGCUCUUGCCUCAUCCCCGGGCUCGUGCCCUCUACCGUAUGUCUGCCACAAGUGACGUUUUUAGCCAUGCUUUCGGCCCAUCCCAUCCCAACCUGUGCCCACCUGUCCCUUCGAUUGUCACUCCCAGCCAGCCACCCAGCUGCUCUUGCCCCUUUCCUCUCUCGCACUUGCCCCACAACCACUUAUCGUCUGCUGCGCACACGGCCACUGCCAUUGCCAUUGCCAUACCCAUUGCCUUUGCCACACAGCUGGUGCUUCCAGCCGGCUUGCUCUAGUCACAUUUCCUUUAAUAGGCUAGCCUGCAUUGGAGAAGCAAUCUAGCGUUUGUUAUCUUUUGAAUAUCUUCUGGCAACGGCAUUCCAGGCUUGAAAUGUUCGGGUAUAUCACAGGCAGGGCUUCAGAUUGGUUUUAGGGGGUUUGAUUACUCGGGGUCGCCCAUGUGAGAAACCUGUUUUUCAGGGUCGGGUUUUGGGAGUGGCAUGUUUUGUCAGGCCAAAAGAAUAUUACUAAUCAGAC